UGUUGCUGGUUGAAUUUUGAUGUCUGUUAGAAGCCUAAUACUUUUAAUUAGUGUGAAUUUUAAUACUACUAGUACGGUCUGCAAUAAGAUAAUAACACCAACAGACAGUUUAUUGUGAUCAAAUUAAGCUAUAGAAAAUGAUUGAAUGGAAGGAGUAAGACUAGAAGUUUUUAAUUAUACAAUUCCUGAUUGGAGAUCGGCGUUUCUCAACGGACUGUGAUUGGUCUUACUUGAUAAUGUUUCAUCACAUAUGCUGUCUGAAAGAUUGCUGGGUUUUUAUGAGAAUAGUCGAAAAGAAAGAGGAACAGAAGAAGAUAGAGUUACAAGUUGGAUACUUCGUUAUUCUGAAGAUGUGAUUAAUAAUUCGCCAUUGCAACGAAACUUGCAAGACUACAGCUGUGCAGAAUUUGAUCCAAACAGUAAUUUCAUGAAGAUUUGAAGCUGCUGAAUCAAGAUGGGGAAACAAAACAGCAAGUUGAAACCAGAGGUUCUUGAAGACCUUCGACAGAACACCGAAUUUACUGAUACAGAAAUCCAAGAAUGGUAUAAAGGGUUCUUAAAAGACUGUCCUAGUGGAAACCUCUCAAUAGAAGAAUUCAAGAAAAUUUAUGGAAACUUUUUCCCAUAUGGAGAUGCGUCUAAAUUUGCAGAGCACGUAUUUCGCACUUUUGAUGCUAAUGGUGAUGGAACAAUAGAUUUUAGAGAAUUUCUGUGUGCCCUCAGCGUCACAUCUCGAGGAAAGUUGGAACAGAAGCUCAAAUGGGCAUUUAGCAUGUAUGAUCUUGAUGGAAAUGGCUAUAUUUCCCGACAGGAAAUGUUGGAAAUUGUAACGGCCAUUUACAAAAUGGUUGGUUCUGUAAUGAAAAUGCCUGAAGAUGAAUCGACACCCGAGAAACGAACGGAUAAGAUAUUUCGUCAGAUGGAUAAAAACAUGGACGGUAGGUUGUCACUAGAUGAAUUUAUUGAAGGAGCCAGAAGUGACCCAUCAAUAGUGAGGUUGUUGCAGUGUGAUCCUCAGUCAUCACAUUGAUGAGUUAAUAAACAAGACUUAUUCCAGAAAACAAACUGUUACUCCUGAGGCUGCCAGCAGAGGGAGCUUCUCAGAAAAGAGAUCCUGUAAGAAUGUUGGCUAUCUCAUGAUAACUAUGCCAAGUGAUCCCUGACUCUGAAAUUGUUGUAUUUACAAAUUGUAGUUGUUUAAAUUUACACAUUGAUAGAAUAUUUGCUCUUAAACCUUACAUCUUGCUGUCUUAAUUUGUUUGUUCCGUAGUGAUUCUAAAGUUAAUAUUUCGCUGUUUCUGAUAAAAUUUACAUAGAAUUAACAGAUAAGAAAUUCCUUACUCUUUAUGUGAUUAUAAUGAAGAGGUCUUGUUAAUAAUAGCUAAGCUUUCACGAGUUCAGCAAACUUGCUUUCAGUGAAACAGACAUUUUUGAAAAAAAAAAUUGACGUUUUACCUAAAGAAAAGGUGUCAAAUAAAAUUUAUGAAAGCCUUUAAAGCUGAAACCAUUGUGAAGAACAUUUAAAAGGUGAAACUAUGUGCAGGAUUAACAUAUAUGCAAUAUUCUCUUCAAGAUAACAUUUUCUACCAAGAUGUUGAAAGUACCUUAUAUAUUUCUUGAUGUUACUGUAUGUUUCCGCAUUUUGAAUGGCAUCACUUAACAGCUGUCAAUUUCCAGCUUACCUCGUAACUCUGAGGGGAUUAGCUUCUUAUUUGUUAUACACAUUUUAAAAUAUUACGGUAUGUUCAGGAUUAGUUUAAGGGAGUGAAGUUAGCUACCAAAAUUAAAUACUUAUUUAGAGGUGAAAUAGUAUGUGAACUUUACACACAUUUAUCUGAGCCAGCAGAUGUUCAAACUGAUAUUUUGUGGAAUAUGGUAAUUUUCUGUUGCAGAGCCUUGUGAAAUUCUCUGUCACUGUUUUAUUACCAAGAUUCUUUUCAUAAUUCCUGAAAUAUGAUAACUUUAUAAAUAGUUUUAGCUUGGCAGCUGGUAAUUAGACAACGUUUCAGUCCACAUUUGUGACCAUCAUCGAAUCGACGGGCAGGUAUACAAAGGUAGAAUGAAUUAUUGUAAAAUCAACAGGCAGGUUGUCCAUUUGAAUAACUUUCAAAAAUUUACUGCUUGCUAUACUUUUUUUUUAGUAAAGUUUUUUUUUGACUCCUGGAUGUCAACCUUACUCACUGAAGAAACAAGUAUGAUAUUUUUUAAGCUGUUAUUUGUAACUUGACUGUCUUUCCUACAAUUCUUUUGGCAGUAUUAGUGGUAUACAUUCUCAUUAUCUUCUGAAUCAUCUGUGGUCUCGUAGUUCUAUUCAUCUGAUUUUAGUUUACUUUGAAGUGGUAUUUCAUUGUAAGCAUAGUUUUAAGCUUGAUUUCAGUGCUACACUAGACAUUACUUGAGUUGACCAUAUUUAGUAAGUUAAUGCUCUUUAUAAUAUCAAUCCCAAGUUAUGUGGGCAUUUUGUAAGUAUGUCACUAGACACCAAUUACAUUAUUUAGUGAAUGAAGGCUCUUUCUAAUAUCAGUACUGAGUUAUGUGGGCAUUUUGUAAGUACAAGACAAUAUAUAUUGCUUGAGUUUGAUCUUAUUUAGUGAAUAAAUACUCCUUCUAAUAUCAAUCCCAAGUUACGUAGGUAUUUAGUAAUUACUACACCAGAAACUGCUCGAUAAGCUAGGUUCUCAGUUUCUGUUGGGCUAUCUUAUUUUUUUGCAUGGUUUAAUCCAUGUUAAAGUCUGAAAAAGAAGCCACAUCAUAGAUUUUAUUGUGGAAUCUAACAUGAUAAACAAAUACUCAAGAUUAUAAAAAUGUCAUUUUAAAUAAUGACUGCCUAUAAAAUUUAUUACAUAUUUUGCUUGUUGAAACCAUUUAUUGUUUUACCUGUGAAUCUUUCAAUGACUAUAGGUCGUGGAGCUUUCCGAAACAACUCGUGUUUUGUGUCACUUUAAUAACAUACACAUUUUGAAGUAUUUUAUGAAAUUUGUUAAAAAAUGCUACAGUUAAAUGUUUUAUUAUUAUUAUUUUUUAACCACAAUGAAGAAUUUAAAAGAUGUUGCAAUGAACAGGCAAAACUGUGUUCAGUGCACUGGAGUUCCUAAUUGAUAUCUGUUGUGUCAUACUUCUGAGCCACUAUUAAAUUAGUUUUGUUUGUCAUUAAGAAGGUUCAAAUUGCUUGCUUAUUUACAAGUUCAUUAUAAUAAUCUUUUCAUUGGUAGCAGUAUAUGUUAAAUGUCCUGAUGUAGCAGAACAAUGAAAAUGUGAAUAAUGUGUUAAAGUAGAUUAAGUGUUAUCAUUCCAUUAAUACAUGAUAAUAAUGACCAUGUCACAAUAUAUUUGGUCUUAAAUUUAAAACUUUUUGUCAACAAGUCUUAGGGUCUCAAAGAUGGUGAUUUUAAUGUUACAUAGAGUGUAACCGAGCAUCAGUACAAAUUUGAAAGAAUUAAGUAAGAUAAUUAAAAAAAUAAUGGCUUGUUAAAUAAUAUAUUUUAUUAGGUGUGUAUAUUGCUCAUUUCUGAUGGCCCCUAGUAUAAAAUUUCUAACAAGGAAAGAUAUAAAAUUAUACAUACAGAUAAGAGAGCUUUUUUUUUUUACUACCAAAAAAUGUUGUAAAAUAUGUCCUUAAAAUGAUAGAGAGGAAUUUAACUUGGCUUAAAGAUAAUGUAGAUUAAGUUUUUAGAAGAUCUGUAUUAAUAUAUAUAUCUAUUUGGUAAGUUUUCUCCAGCGAAAAAUAUAGGAAAUUUGGUUCAGUUGUCUUUAAUGGUUAUGAAAUUUGAUGUAAAAUAUUUUUAAGGUCCCAAUCUUUUUCGAAGCAGUGCUUGUGGUCCUAGAAAGUUAAGUUGUUUUUGAUAAAAGAACAUAAAUGUUAUAAGAUCAGGUGUAUGAUAUGAUAAUAACUCUUCAGAAAAGGUUCGAUAAUACCACAACUACGAUACCUGUUAGGGCAUUAUUUAAUUGAAUGGAAAAAAUAAGAUUAGCUACGUAGUUUCAACCAGUAGUCACUGUUGUUCCAUAGGUAUGUAUAUGCCUCGGUCCAAAUAUUGAACAAUCAAAUGAAACGUUUAUAUUUCUUGAUACUUUGUACUACUGUGCACAUUUUUAAUCAUACCACAUGGCAUAGUAUGCUACCAGUAUUUAACCCUUCCCUGUAUGGUGGGUACAGUAUUUAACCCUUCCCGGUGUGGUAGUAUUGCAUAAUUUCAAGUACUUGUGCAUUUGGAUUCAUAAUUCAGAAAUUUAAAUAUAUCUGAAACCCAGACACUUCAAAGAUAAAGCACGAUAAUCACUGAAUGUAUUGUGUGUGAUAGAGUUGUAUAUUAUGCAACAUACACGUAACCAGGAUGAAACCACGCUUUACCCGAGCUUACUAGCAAAAUACAAUAACAGACCUAAUGACACAAUAUACUAGGCCACUUUUUAUUAAAAAAAUAUUUUGCAGGGUUUGUUUGUAAAAUGAAAACAAAAGUGCCAAAGUAAUUACUUUAACAAAAUAAUUUACCUUCACGUGGCAUUAAGAAAAUACAAAAACCUUUUACAAUAUUCCUAGAUUAUUUGAAGGCAAGUAAUCACAAAACACUUCUUAUGUAACAGCUAAAGUUUUAGAAAUCCAUAUACACAGAAUAAAACGAGCUCUAUGCCAAACAGAUUGCAAGAGAAAAAAAAACCAGUUUUAAGGUGAUAUAUUUAUGAUUUUGUUAGUUUAGAAGUUUGGAGGUUACAAAACAAAAACUUAGGUCACUUAAGAAUGUUAUUUUUUGACACCAAUUUCAUAAAUUCACUGUUUUCAAACUAGAAAUAACAAACAAAUGUAUUUGAAGAUAAGUUUACAAUUUUGCUCCUUAAAUAAAUAUUACAAUUGUGGGUGCAUACUUUAUUACAUUUAGCAGUUAGGAUUUUUUUAAAUUAUUCUCCACCCAACAAAUUUUAAUAAAAUACACACAAAACAAACCUUUUAAUCCUCAAUGAUUUGGUUAGUCUUAUUUUGCAAAGACACAAAACUGAUUUUUUUUUAAACUUCGUGAUGUCAUUUGACCUCACGAUAAACACAAGUACCAGGCUGGAAAGAAUUAAGACAUCAAAACUGGUAAUUUUAUUAUUAAAAAAAAAAGAAUAUAUUGAACCGAAGUGUAGUUCAUGAAAAUAAGAAAUCCAUAUUAAUAACAAUGUUGAAGAUCUGGAAAUCAGUUUUAAGUUUAAACAUUUAAAUAUUGCAAUGUCUUUUACUUUUUUUUUUUAGAGAGAAUUAAAUUUGGCAUUUCUAGCAAAAUUUCCACUACAAGUUCUGCCCCCCAGUGGCACAACGGUGUGUCUGUGGACUUACAACGCUAGAAUCCGGGUUUCGAUACCCAUGGUGGGCAGAGCACAGAUAGCCCAUUGUGUAGCUUUGUGCUUAAUUACAAACAAACAAACUACAAGUUCUGUAACACUUUGUUGGCAUAUGUUCUUUCAGACAAUGUCAGCCUAAGUUUUUGAGGUUCAUAGACUUAAAGGAUGUUACAAUCAUAACAGUUGCUUAAAAGUGUGCCUGUUAAAUGAACAAUUCCACAUUAGGAAGAAGGAAAAUAAUAGUAUGGAUUUGUAUAAAAAGUGAUUCAAACAAUAACUACCUCUACAGUCUGUUAACUAGCUGCAUAUUAAAUUUGUUUGCUGAAAUUGUUAAAAGCUAAUAUGUCAAAAAUGUCACUUUAAAAGAGUUAUGAAAAUAAAAACGAAGAUGUAUAUUCAGAAGUGUAAUUAUUUUUUUGUGGUUUAAUUAGUUGUGGAAAAUAUCAAUAUGCUACUACUUAUAGUGGAACAUUUUUGAAUAUAGAAGUGUAGAUGUUAUGAACACCAGUAGUGCCAUCUAGGUACAAUACGAUAAACUUUAAAAUCCACUUUGCUUACACUCGUUUCUCACAUGUAGAAUAUGAACUGGUUACUUAAAGAGAUUUAAGUUUAUGUUUGUCUUGUAUGGCACAUGUUGGCAUUUCUUUGUGCAUGUGUUGUUCUUUCAGUUAUUGUUCAACCACUUAAAAAAGUGAGUAGCAUAAUGAUGAAUGAUAGUGCCUAUAUAAUAUGAUUCAAAAAAUACUGGAAUGAUUAAGUGACAGGAUUGUUAAUUUACUUAAUAAUGUAGCAUAAGUGAAAAUAUGCUGAUCAGCCUUAAUCAAACGUUGAUAACCACAGUUGUCAUACGAAGCUAAGCAUAAUGCAAUCAUGGAGUUUUAUAUAAAAUUUACACUUCUUUCAGUGUGUAGUUAAGUCACAAUUAAGAAACCUAAUAAGCUAAGUACUAUAAGGGUAAGCUUUCGUGUUCUUUAAUUGUGAUUUUUUUUUACCCUCUUGUAUUUUCUAAGUAUCACUAGGAUGUAUCGAUAUAGUUAAAUAACUUGAAAUAUUCAGAUUUUGAGUCAGUCAGAGUUGUAUGAUGGGCAUAAUGGAUUGUAAACACUUCAAUAGAAAACUCAACACUUGCUCAUUAUAGAACCAAGCAUCUUCUGAAGGUAUCAUUUUGUAAAUACACAUUUAAGUAAUAAGGUUUUCUGGUACACGAUUUGAAUUUUUUUGUGCAUUUUUACUUGCACACAGUCAUUAAAUAUUCUAUUCUAUUAAUAUGAACCUUUUUCAUAAAAUAUAUAUAACUAUGCUAGUUUCCACUAGAACUUUUUUUAUGAAGUGUUUUUUGAUCUUCUAUUUCUUAUUAAUAGCUAAUGCUGUUGACGUCUACCAAAUUUUAAUGUUCCAAGUAAACAGCAGAUAAAAGUAAAAUUAUUAUGUUAAGCGACUCCAUUGCCUUUACCUUAAGGCAAGAAAGUGACUGUACAUGUAAACCAGAAUUAUUGAUGUUUCCAAACUUAUGCAGUCUCAUAUGCUGUGAUUUUCUGUGUACAUUUUUUCACUUUCCAUUAUUAAUAAAUUUCACGUUUCAAUGGUGUUU